AUGGCGUUUGAGGACUCUUCAUUGCCCACUAACGAGUGCAUGCAGGUCAUUCAGGAAUCUUGCAUUACUGCUAAGAAAGAAAAUCAUCAGCAUCACCCAAAAUGGAAAGUGCCCAUGCUAUGGAACACAGGAAAUGAGGAAUUGUGCUCUACCCGAAAGGAUAUCCCAGGAGACUACAGCAAGAGAGUUUAUCAAGGUGUCAGAGUGAAGCACACAGUCAAGGAUCUGCUAGCAGAAAAACGAUCCAGGCAAACAAGUAAUCCAAGAUUUAAUAGUGGUACCAAUUCCUCUCAGUCUCCAUUUGUCCAGAUGCCAGGCUCACCUGCAACAUCAGGUUACUAUGGUGUUAGAAGAUCUUUUUUAUCUGACUCGGAUUUCCACAAUACUAAACAAUUCUCAAAUGAUGGCUUUCCAUCAACCAUGGCUAAAUCUUUUUCCUGUGAGUCCUCUACAAUGCAAAAUUAUCCACCGAUCUUGGAUUCCUACUUUUCUGAGCCUUACGGAGACUACCGCCCAGCAGCUCUAACCCCCAGCACGAGCUCUCUCUUUGGUGCUUCGUCCUUGCCCCCACCGCUUCUGCAACCACAUUUUCCUAGUGAUUCCACCCACUUCGUAUUUAAAGAUUCAUGGGAGCAGACAGUGCCGGAUAGCCUUAAUCAGCCAGAUGUGGUGUCUUCAGACCCACUGCAGACACUACCAACUAGUACUAAUUGCCUUUCAUCACAAGAAUCUGGAAGUCCCUCUCAACAUAGAAGCUCUAAUUGGGGGGCUGCUCUCCCUGGAGCUCAGUCUUACUCACUGCAUGCCCUAGAGGACCUGCAUUAUACACCAAGUUACCCUCCUCCUUCCUCCUACUCUUUCACACCUUUUAUGACAGUGACCAAUGACUUAACCCCCAAGGUGAUUCAGCUGUCUUCAGAUGAGACCCUGGAUACAACAUCUCUUCAUGAGAAUCCAUCCUGGACAAAAGACGAUGGGAAUGGGGUAUGGGGAUCCUAUGAAUGUCGAAGAGCUUACUGAAAAAAAAAUGACUUGUAAUAGUAUGUUUUCAAAUGCUGAUGUUUUCACUCAGUAAAUAGAUCUGUCAGUUCAUUCAAAGAAUAAUUUUCAAGGGAUAUAAUAAUUGUUUUAACUUUUUUAAGAGCAUCAAAAAGACAUCUAACAAAGGGAUGCUGAUAAUACAGUAAUACACAUCUUUAAUGUCAUGCCCUGGAGCAUUGAUAGGCCAUCCAUAGGACUGUAUCAUGGGACUACUGGAGCAGUUAACUGUCUCUUGGUAUUUCUAUAAUUCUAUUUUCCAAGAAAGACCAUUGAAUUCUGCUGUAGAAUUAGUAACUUCAUUGCAGUAAAAUUUUACUACAUAUUUUCAGAAACAUAAAACUGAAGUGCAGAAUUAUUUCUUGACCCCAAUACUUUAAUUAAUAUCAAAGCCAAUAUAGACCAUACAACAUAACUGAUUUUCAUGAAUAUUCUAUCAUAUUAUUUAGGAGAUUGGUGUCAUUUAAUAUAAAAUAGUUUUCUUUGAAGUUAACUUCAGGAAGAUGGAGGUUCAAAUCCUGCCUUUGACACUAAUUUGGCAUAAACAAGUCACUUAACCAUUUUAAGCCUCAUACAAGUCUAAAAUUUACAUACUAAAUUAUAGACCAGUUGAUAUGCCCAAAUGAAAGGAAAUCUCACAUCUAAGAUAUUUGUUAAAUUGAUGAAGAAGAAGAUAAUAAAGAAGAAGAUUA